AGCAAGAAUAACGCUUUCGAUUUUCAAGCGCAAAAAUUAACAAUAAAAAUCAAAAUAAAUGUCUGCAGUUGAAUUAAAUGGCACCGUGCCGGCCAUGGAAUUUCAUCAGAGACAGCACAUGGUGCAGGCUGGCGUGGCGCCCUACCCCGGCGCACCUGCUGGCUAUGCAGCCGCGCCAGGUCCAGCAGCAGCAGCCGCUGCUGCCGCGGCCGCUGCACAACAGGCAGGCGCAGCAGCAGCAGCAGCCAGCGCUGCGCCCACAGCUGCUGAAAGUCUGUCACUGGUUGUGGCAGCCAAUGCGGCCAAAGCAGCUGAACCAGUGACCCAAUUGAAGGCAGCCGAGGGCAGCCUUGCUGCUGCAGUCGCUGCUGGAGCAGGCGGCGGCAAUGGCAACACAGUGGCUGCAGGGGCAGCUACAAAUGCGGCCGAUGGUGGUGCCAAUGCGUCGCUCUACAUGCAACAGAAGAAGACAAAUCUGUCAACACAAACAACAGCAACAACAGCACCAGCAAUAGGAACAGCUUCAGUGACACAAUACAAUGGCACAAUUGCCGUUGCACCCACACCCGUGCCCACCUCACACAACUGCAACGGCAAUGUUGUCUCUCAAGUCUCUGCCACUGCCUCCGUGCCCGCGCCCGCCUCAACGACAACGAUGACGACGCCACUGCUGGUCACGCCGCACUCGACAUCGCUGACAAAUGGACACGGACCCAUGGAGACACAGCAAAAUGUGCUCAGCAUAUCCACAGUAUUGAUUAAAAGCGAACAGGACGCACAACAACAGCAGCAGCAGCAGCAACAGCAGCAACAACAACAACAGCAGCAGCAGCAAAACAACACAGUAGUGGGCAACAUCGGCGGUCCGCCCAGCUCACCGCUCAGCAGCUCACCGUCCAGCGUCCCAGUUGCCGCCUCCGUUGUCGCUCAAGCAACCCUCAAUGGGAAUGCUAACGAUGGAAACGUCUCAGGCAACACAUCACCAAUUGCCCAGCCAAUGGGUAGCAGCAACAACGAACCAUUGCUGCAAACACCACCCACACAACAACCACUUAGCAUUAGCAGCAGUGCGGUGGUGCAGCCGGCAGCCACCUCGGUCACGGCCAGCUCAAUAGCAGCCGGCACAUUGGCCGCCACCAGCUGCAGCUCCACUGUUGGUCUACUCCCCACAGUCAGCGCCACUCCCGGCCUGGACAGCAAUUGUGUGACGUCCAAUGGUGUGUCCGCCAGCACCUCACAGGUUAUUGCCCACCUUAAUGCGGCCGCUGCUGCAGCUAGCGGUAUUAUGACCGCCUCCGUGCAAUCGCCACCCCAUGUGGCCACUAGUCUAACGAGCGCUCUAGUCCCGGCCCAACCGGUACCCGCUGUUGCAGUCGCAGCCGCUGCCGCCGCUGCGGCCGCCAUCGAUGCCAAAAGUCAGCCAAAGCGUUUGCACGUAUCCAAUAUACCGUUUCGCUUCCGGGAUCCAGAUCUGCGCGCCAUGUUUGGGCAAUUUGGCACUAUACUGGAUGUGGAAAUCAUCUUCAAUGAACGUGGCAGCAAGGGAUUCGGUUUUGUAACAUUCGCUAACAGCAACGAUGCAGAACGAGCACGCGAACGUCUACACGGCACCGUGGUUGAGGGACGCAAAAUCGAGGUGAAUAACGCCACUGCACGUGUACAAACCAAAAAAGUGACAGCAGUACCCAACGUUGUACUGACCAAAGACGGUGCCAUUCCGGCUCCAGCUCUAGUUUGUGUACAAUGGCCUGAAGCCGCCGUAGCCGCCGCCGCUGCCAUGCGUGGAGUUGCCAUACAACGUGGACAUGUGGGCGUGGUCGGCGCCUCACCCUUCCAUCAUCUAUCCAAUCAUCCGCAUCAUCAUCAGGCGCUGGCAGCCGCCGCUGCAGCUGCGCAGCAACAACAACAGCAACGUCAGGUGGCCGCUGCCGCCGCCGUCGCUGCCGCAGCCGCCCAACAGCAGCAGCAGCAACAACAGCACCAUCAACAGCAGCAGCAGCAACACCAGCAGCAGCAACAACAACAGCAGCAACAACAACACGCACAUCAAGUGCAGCAACAGCAGCAACAACAACAACAGGCCCAUGUCCACCCGCAUGCCCAUGCCCUGCCCCAACUGGGACUGCAGCCCACGCUUCAAGCUGUUGCAGUGCCCACGGCCGCUGGCCUACAAGCGGCAGCCGCUGCCAACGCGAACAGUGCGGCCGCCGCUGCUGCCCAGCAGCAUUCGUUGCAACAUACCUUGGCCGCUGCAGCCGCCGCUCAAAAUAAUGCAGCAGCAGCCGCUGCUGCCGCUGCCAAUCCGAACGCCGCCGCCGCUGCCGCCUACGCUGCACGCCUACAAGGCGCAACACAAACCCCGGCCGCUGCUGCUGCGGCUGCGGCAACAAUGGCGGCGUCGGCCAAUGCGGCCAACAACGCUGCCGCCGCUUUGCAUGGAUUUGCGCCUGUAUACUAUGAUCCCUUCUUAGCAGCCGCUGCAUCCGCUGAUCCAAAUCUACGCUUCCAGGCAGCCAAACCGGUCACUGAAGUUCCAGCCGCACAGCCAGCCGCCAUUUUAAAUCGCCGCACUGUGACUACGCUAAACAGUACCCCACAUACGAUCAACCGCAUUCCGGUACCACAGAAUGUUUUGGCCACUGCUCCGCUGUUAAAGACACCCCUGUCUCAGGCCCAGCAGCAGGCGUAUGCACAAGCGGCCACCACCUAUACGGCGGUUGCUGCACGUGCAGCAUACGGUGCUGCCGCAGCUGCAGCCGCUCAACCGGCACUCGCUGGCUAUGCCACCGUAGCGGGUUAUGCGCGCGAAUAUGCGGAUCCCUAUCUAGGACAUGGAAUUGGACCCGUUCCUGGUUAUGGGGCAACCAUGUAUCGCGGUGGCUUCAAUCGGUUCACGCCAUAUUAAAAACCUUCGCAAGCCAGCCCAAAAAACAAAAAAAAGCACAUGAACAACUCUACUUGACAAUGCUCAAUACAUAUAUGAACAAAACUAGACGUAAAUACUCUACGUGCAGUAAGUAGCAGGUAAACUUAAAGAAUUAGAGAUACUCGCAGGCGCUCAAAAUGAGAAUACGGCUGCACACACGCUCUCUUCUCAAACAAAACACGCGCACACAUACACACAAAGCAGCACAUCGUGAAUCGUCGAUGGAGUUUGAAAAUCAAAGCUAAAAGCAGCCGCGUUCUAAAUCUAAACAAAAGAUUAGCAUAUAGCGUGUAGUUGUUGCAGUUACAAGCAAAUGAACUAAAACAAAAAGCAAAAUAACAAAUCAAUGUCGUCCAACAAAAAGAGAAAACAAUGAGAAAUGCAAAAACCAAAAAGCAAAUGCCGCAAAAACAAAAAAAAACACAGUUCUAUGAAGUUUAUACAUAAUUAAUGGCAAAUAGUUUUCAAAGUGCUUCAUGUGUAGAUUUUUAACAACAAAAUAAAACAAAACAACAAAAGGAAAGCAAAUGCUGAAACUUUGCAGCAACAGAAUUUAUAUAUACAUAUAUAUAUGGGUAUAUAUACCUACAUGCUAUAUAUGUAGAUAUAUAUGCAUAAUACAUAUAAAACAUUGUAUUUGUAUAUCACA